GAAGGAAACUGCCAGUCUCUCUGUCACGCUGUGGAAUGGUGACAAUGUCGAUUCAACUUCCUUCUUUUUCAAACAUGUAUAUUCCAAACAACCUGUUAGGCAACUAUAGAGUAUUACUCAGCCUGCAUGACUAGUGGGAAAGUAACGUGUGUGCUUAUUAAAACAACAUGUAUCCACAUGGAACAACAGAACAAGGAAGGUGUACUUGCCGUGACCACACCUCCUCAAACAUUGAUAUUCCAGCUGCACAGGCAGUUGCCAGCCAGUCGUCAAAAUCAAAGGAAUCUGCGCACAGAGAGAUGGACCAAAAAGUGAACAUUGUUUCCAGGGCGCAGUGGGGAGCAGCUGCUCCUCGAAAAAAGGAGACCUUGAAGGACUGUGCCCAGAGAGUUGUCAUACACCACACUGCCCUCCCAAAGUGCACAGGCAUGAAAGAGUGUGUGGACCGCCUUGUCAGCAUUCAGAGAGCGCAUAUGACAGAAAGACGCUUUGAUGACAUUGGAUAUAAUUUUCUUGUUGGAGGGGAUGGUACAGUGUACGAGGGCCGAGGCUGGGGUGUGGUAGGAGCACAUACCAAAGGCCACAACCAUGACUCGCUUGGGAUUGCUUUCAUGGGCAAUUACAACAGCGACGCGCCAAGCACAGAAGCAUUAUCGGCAGUCAAACAGCUGCUGCAGUCUGGUGUUUCUCAGGGAUUUUUACAGCCAGAGUUUGUCCUGUUUGGGCACAGAGAUCUGGGGUCGACACAAUGUCCAGGAGAUAAACUUUAUGCUGCUCUACCACAACUGAGGGGUACCACAUAAAGUCACUGCAGAGUGGAAAUGUCUUUCCCUACAUUUUAUCAUGGGUUUCUCCUGAACUAAGGGAAGGUUUGUGUGUGUAACGGGUGCCGAAGGGGUCCUGCAGAGGGAGCCAUCAUAUGAGAUGGAAGCAAUCGGCACUGGCUGUCUAAUAUGUGUAGUUUAGAAACUCAAAAAAAUCACUGCACUUCAACUUAUCUGCUGACAAACUCUCAUGGUAGUUCUCACUUUUUCAAUUUCAAUAUAUUAUUUCAGUUUGCUUUUUUUUUUGUUAAGUUACUGUGCAAUAUUUAUAAGGUGGGCUAUACAUUUUACGGUGUAAGAUAAAUCUUCACAUGAAUUUUACUUGUUCUAAUGUUAUGCUACAGAUCUUUUUAUUUUCUUUUUUUAAUAAAUACAACAAUAUUAUGACUAAUUUAUUUUUUAUUUACAUGAGUUCCCAGCAAACAGGAUUAAUUCAGCUAAUGAUAAAAUCUACCAUUCAUAAACCUGCAAAUUGUUUUUGCCGUGUUCUCAUGCAAAUGUCUUCAGGGUGCCACUGCGAUAUCAUUGUAAACAACACAAGACAUGACAUUUAACUGAGAAAAAGAUCCAAGGGGAUUACAAGUGUUGAGACAACAAUGCGUGCUUUCUGCAGUGCCUGAAACAUUCCCAACAAGUGCUCACUUGUGCUGCACAGGGAUUAUGGAGGGAGGCCCCUAUCAAAUUGACUAAGAGAUGGUAUAAUGGUAACAGAUUAUAUGUGUAGUUCUGGUUGUCAUAUCUAAUGUCUGGCAUAUGAACUGUAAAAAAAACACCCAGCUGAACAGUUGAUUAAUAACAAAGAAGAAAUUUUAACAAGACAUUGGAUGUCUGAUAAAGUAAUUUACAACUGGCUGGUUAAGUAUCACAUUUAAAAACUGAAUGUUCACUUGAACCACUGUCUUAAAUUAAUUUGUUGUUGUAAUAUUCCUAAACAGACUAGAGGUCAGCCUGUAGAAGUGAGGUGAACCUUUUUUUGAUUAGCCGAGGUUUAUCUUGUUUUUGGUAUUUUUUGUUUUGUGACAUUUUUGUCUGUGACUCUUUUUUUGGUUGA